ACGCUUGCUGCUGAUAAACACUUUUCGUUUAUCAUCAGUUUGUCGAUGGAACUGCGCGCAACUGGACGUUUUUCUCGCUAGCCAGAACUCCAAACGUGUAACCAACAAAUUGUCCAGACUGGGUGCUAAUGUGUGUGCUUGUGUGAGUGCUGGUCAGGCACAGUGUUUGUCUAAGCUUUGAACAGUUUUGUCGGCGCGCGUGAUUGUGCACCCGAAAUAUUGGCGCGUGUUUUUUGAAGAGAAAAUCUGAGAAAUUGAUUAAAACUCAUUUCUGAAAAUAUAUACAUAUCGUGUGUGAGUUGUGGCUGCAGGGCUGUAAAUAAUAGCAACAAUAAUAAUUGAAACAACAAACUAGACAGGGUGACAGCACAUGCGCGUAAAUGAAUGUGAAUACUUGAUGCGGGGCAAUUGGCCCCUAUUCUGCACAAGAACACACAAAUAUACAAAAUAUAUAGAGAUAAAUAGAUAUACAAUAAAAGCAAUAAAGGGCAAUAGAACGAUGUCAAAAUAAAAUAAAAACAAGAAAACCAACUUACAUGUCAAAGAAAUAAGAAUGCGUGCUCGACAGAAACAACGACAACAGGAACAGCAACAAGAUACAGCAGUUUCGGCUACGUCAAGAGCGCGCACAAAGAAAACGGAAGUGAAAUUUACUUAAAGGAUAUGAAAAUAGCGCAUAAACGAGCCAUAACACAUGCACAAACGGAAGAGCUUAAAACGAGUACAAAAACCAUGAACAACAGUCGGCACAUGCACUACCACAAUCAGUCAAAAAGCCAUAGCAGCAACAACAAUAAAGAAUACUGCCAGCACAAUAAGCACCAACAAUAACAACAACGACGACGACAAGAAUUACCAAAUAAAAGUGAAAGCCGAAGCGAAAGCCAAAAUUUGAAACGUGUACGAGUACUUUUCGUUUCGUUUGAGCGUGUAAAUACUUAAAAGCUCGUUAAGGGCUACACAUCCGCCCACCCAACUCACCCAAUCCACCCAAACCUGUCAUAGUCAACCCACCGCAGAGUUGAUCACGACACUCUGGUCCGCACACACAUACUCGUAUAUGUAUGGUAUGACCAUGCCGAGAAGCCCGCCAUUAUCCACGUGACUUCAUGGCAACAUGUCUGCAACUGAGCAACGCUACGUCACCAUCAAUGUCUGAGUGGCCACUCGCUAUUUAUUGUUAUUGCCCGUCUACGCGGAUGCAGCUAAUUCGCUGCUUCUCUCUCUGCUGCUGCACUGCAAUUGCUUAGUCGCAUUUCCCCUUCCGUUCGGCACACUCUCACUCUCACGCUCACGCUCACAUCAUCUCAUCAUUUUCGCUGCGGUCGCAAUUGAGUGCACAACGAAAUGGCGAACGACGCAAAUUUCAAUGAUGCGCUGGAUUUCAUUUACAUAGCCAACAGCAUGAAUGACAAUGCCUAUCUUAUUGCCGACGAGGACGAGGCACAGUCGCGAAUCAUGGACGAAGCGAACGAUAGCAUGGAUGACGAUGACGAUAGUGGAGAUGGUGGUGGUGGUGUUGGUGGUGUUGGUGGUGUUGGUGGUGAUGGUGAUGACAACAACAAUAACCAGUACUACAAUGACGGCUAUUUUAUGAGCACUGGCAAUGGGAAUGGCAAUACUGAUGCCAACGCUCCCUCCCCCUCAGCAAUUGAUGCCGCAACCACCUCACCGUUGGCAACAGCUGCACUAGCAGCUGCCGCAGCCUCUGCCUCGGCAGCUGCUGCAGCGGCACGGAUCACAGCAAAGGCAGCCCACAGAGCUCUGGCCGCCAAUGCAGCCAACAAGGCGGCGAACAAGGCAGCCAUUGAGGGAAUCUCGGAUGCCACAGACAAUAACUAUACCAACGUGGCUGUCGAUCUGGGCGCUAUGCUGCUCAACGAUUCACUAAUGUUCGGUGCCAACGAGACCGGCCUCAGCAUAUUCGGUGAUUUGGUUAACCAGAGUGGACAGCUGUUGAAUGCCACUGUUGCGGUCAAUGCGACCAAAGUGGCCGACGAUGAUUUCACGCAGCUACUACGCAUGGCUGUUACUUCUGUGCUCCUUGGUCUCAUGAUACUCGUCACCAUAAUUGGCAAUGUCUUUGUAAUUGCUGCCAUUAUACUGGAACGCAAUCUGCAGAAUGUGGCCAACUACUUGGUGGCCUCGCUCGCUGUGGCCGAUCUGUUUGUUGCCUGUCUGGUUAUGCCAUUGGGUGCAGUCUACGAGAUCAGCCAAGGCUGGAUACUUGGACCAGAGCUAUGCGACAUUUGGACCUCGUGCGAUGUCCUUUGCUGCACAGCCUCUAUUCUGCACUUGGUGGCCAUAGCUGUGGACCGCUACUGGGCUGUCACCAACAUCGAUUAUAUUCACUCACGUACCAGUAAUCGGGUUUUCCUUAUGAUAUUUUGUGUCUGGACGGCGGCCGUGAUUGUGUCACUGGCUCCACAGUUUGGUUGGAAGGAUCCGGACUACUUGCAGCGCAUUGAGCAGCAAAAGUGUAUGGUUUCGCAGGAUGUGGCGUAUCAGGUCUUUGCCACUUGUUGCACAUUCUACGUGCCACUGCUAGUUAUAUUGGCGCUUUAUUGGAAAAUCUAUCAGACGGCUCGCAAACGCAUUCACCGCCGGCGUCCACGACCGGUCGAUGUAACGGCCAACAAUAAUCAGCCCGAUGCGAACACAACGCAGGACACAAAACUUAAUCGCUUGCGGCAACGUCUUGGCAGAUUCUCAGCGGCAAAGAACAAGCACGCUGGCACAGCGUUGGGUCUCGUCGAGGGUCACUCGACCAAUACGGUGAAUACCGUCGAGGACACCGAGUUCAGUAGCUCGAAUGUGGACAGCAAGAGUCGUGCAGGCAUCGAGGCACCCGGCACCUCGGGCAGCCAAAUAGCUACCGUGUCCCACCUGGUGGCAUUGGCGAAUCAACAACAUGUCAGCGCCAAUUCCAAUGCCAAACAGCAAAAGGCAAGUGGUGGUGGUGGUGGUGGUGGCACUGGCAAAGCAGCAACUGUUGUCGAGCCCAACCACACCAAUGAGGUGCCUGAGGGAGAGAGCGACGAGAUGGUAGCCGCAACCACAACAUUGGCAGCUGCAGAAGCAGCAGCCACCACAACAGCGCAGGCCACGGACGAUGGUGCGCUGGAUGCCAAAGCCAAUGGCGGCACCGAGGUGCUCGAGGAUCCGCAACUGCAACAGCAGCUUGAACAAGUGCAGCAACUACAAAAAUCAAGCAAAAGUGGUGGUGGAUGUGGCGGAGGCGGUGCCAGCACAUCGAAUGCCACAACCAUUACAUCAAUAUCAGCAAUCUCGCCACAAACACCCACAUCGCCCGCCAGUGCACCACCCCAGGUUGCCGGGCCAAUGACAACAAAAACAAGUACACUGACAAGCUGCAACCAGGCGCAUCCGCUGUGCAGUUCGACCAAUGCCUCCGGUUCGGUGACGCCGGAGCCACGCACCAAGCAACAGCAGCCGGGACAGGGAGCCCAUUCGCAAGCACCAACGCAGCAGUUGUCCAGCAUUGCGAAUCCCAUGCAGAAGGUGAACAAACGCAAGGAGACACUCGAGGCGAAGCGCGAACGCAAGGCGGCCAAAACACUGGCCAUCAUCACUGGAGCCUUUGUCGUCUGCUGGCUACCCUUCUUCGUCAUGGCCCUAACCAUGCCACUGUGCGCUGCAUGCCAGAUUAGCGACAGCGUUGCCUCGCUCUUCCUCUGGCUGGGCUACUUCAACUCUACGCUAAAUCCAGUCAUAUACACCAUAUUCAGUCCAGAGUUUCGACAGGCUUUCAAGCGCAUCCUCUUUGGCGGACACCGGCCCGUGCACUAUCGCAGUGGGAAGCUCUAGAUAGUGCAUGCGAAGAGGCGAAGGCGCUUCUGCUAAGACGGUCGGUCGCUUUGUCUCUUCGGCAUUAAUCAUUUGGAGUGGGACGUUUUGAAUACCAAAUGAGGAUUUGAGGACUCCCUGAGAAUAACAGCAUAUACGAUCAUGUAAAAAUUAGGAGCGUAACGAUUUUCCUUAAAUACUUAAGCCCAUUGUCAGUUGUAAAUAGGUUAUAGUUACAGUUAUAGUUAAAGUAAAUAUGUAUAGCAAUUAAGUAAUCGGCAAUACAAAUAAUUAGAAUUGUAAUGAUACUAGAUGGUAAGCUGUAACUAAAUUUGUAAAUGCUGGCUCUGCGAAGAAUAAGGAUAGGCCAGUGCCAGAGCCAGCUCGAGGAGACUGUUUUGUGAGAAGGCGAAGAAAACCUACUAUAUAUGUUGUAGAUCAUACGCGUAGAUUAGUAACCAAAAUAAAAUGGCGAAUCCACCAACAAUACAAGUAAUCAAAAUAACACUAGGGUUAACAGUCUAUUUCAAACGAUUUUUCGUGUUUUCAAUUUAAAUGUAUAAAUGAUUACAUACCAGUACAUACAAAUGCAAAAGGUACAUAAAUAUAUUGAAGGAUACACACGUAGGUACAUUCAAGUAUAUUAGGUGUUAGAGCUCUCAGCUGCUUUUUGGGAAACAGGCGUGGGUGGGGUCUUAUAAUUGGAAUCGUUGCAACUGAAGCGAGUACUCGAACUAUGAUAUAGCGCUAUAUACGAGCAUUAAAUGUAUAAAAAGGCGGCCCCGUACUUGUAUUUAAUUUAAUUGUCAUUGUUGAGUAUUUAAAAAU